AUGGAGAUCUGUCUGCUGGUCCGCUGUGGUCUGGAAGAGCUGUAUGUUUCCGAGCGAGAGGGCAACGAUUCCACUGGUGAUGGGACACAAAAGAAACCGUUCAAGACUGCUUUAAAGGCUUUGAUGACAGCAGGAAAGGAACCGUUUCCUACUAUUUAUGUGGAUUCACAAAAAGAAAAUGAGAGAUGGGCCAUUAUUUCAAAGUCACAGAUGAAAAAUGUCAAAAAGCUGUGGCACAGGGAGCAAAUGAAGAAUGAAGCUAAGGAGAAGAAGGAGGCCGAAGAUCUCUUGAGAAGAGAGAAGAACCUGGAGGAAGCUAAGAAAGUUGUUAUCAAGAACGAUCCUAGUCUUCCAGAGCCAAAAUGUGUAAAGAUUGACGCUCUAGAGGCUUACAGAGGCCAGAGAGUGAAGAUUUAUGGCUGGAUCCACAGAUUACGGAGGCAAGGAAAAAAUUUGAUGUUCAUUGUUUUGAGAGAUGGCACAGGUUUUCUUCAGUGUGUCCUUUCAGAUGAACUGUGCCAGUGUUACAACGGGCUGGUUCUCUCCACGGAGAGCAGUGUUGCAGUGUAUGGUACCCUGAACCUUGUUCCUGAAGGCAAGCAGGCUCCAGGAGGCCACGAGCUGAACUGUGAUUACUGGGACCUUAUUGGUCUGGCUCCAGCAGGAGGGGCUGACAAUCUUCUCAACGAGGAUUCAGAGGUUGACGUGCAGCUUAACAACAGGCAUAUGAUGAUUCGAGGCGAGAAUAUGUCCAAAAUCUUUAAGGUGCGCUCCGUGGUAGUACAGGCCUUCAGGGACCAUUUCUUUGCCAACGGGUAUUAUGAAGUCACGCCACCAACUUUAGUCCAGACGCAAGUGGAGGGAGGCUCAACCCUAUUCAAACUGGAUUAUUUUGGUGAAGAGGCGUACUUAACGCAAUCGUCCCAGCUCUACCUGGAGACCUGCAUUCCCGCGUUAGGAGAUGUUUUCUGUAUUGCUCAGUCCUACAGAGCUGAGCAGUCGAGGACCCGCAGACACCUGGCAGAGUACACUCACAUUGAAGCUGAGUGUCCUUUUAUAAGCUUUGAGGAUUUGUUGGACCGUCUGGAGAGCUUGGUUUGUGAUGUGGUAGACAGAGUCUUGAAAUCACCUGCAUCAAGCUUGCUGUAUGACCUAAACCCGGGCUUCGAGCCCCCUAAACGUCCUUUCCGACGAAUGAACUAUACUGAAGCCAUUGAGUGGUUAAAGGAGCACGAUGUGAAGAAGGAAGAUGGCACUCACUAUGAGUUUGGAGAAGAUAUUCCUGAAGCUCCGGAGAGACUGAUGACAGACACCAUUAAUGAGCCAAUCUUGUUGUGCCGAUUUCCUGCAGAGAUAAAGUCGUUCUACAUGCAGCGCUGUCAUGAUGAUUCCCGGCUUACUGAGUCUGUUGAUGUGUUGAUGCCUAAUGUUGGUGAAAUUGUCGGCGGCUCUAUGCGUAUCUGGGACAGCGAGGAGCUACUCGAAGGCUAUAAGAGAGAGGGCAUUGAUCCCACGCCAUACUACUGGUAUACUGACCAGAGAAAAUAUGGUACGUGCCCUCAUGGUGGAUAUGGCUUGGGGUUGGAAGGGAUCCUAACCUGGAUUCUGAACAGACACCAUAUCCGGGACGUCUGUCUCUACCCGCGCUUUGUCCAGCGCUGCAAACCAUAGCCGUCCUGCGAGAGACUGC